AUGUCAGCAUCGCCUAACAUCGAGCACAUGGGCUCCCGCACCACGAUUCUCUCGGUCGACGACAUGAAGAUCACGUCGGUCUUGUCCGGCCAGCACGAACGGAUCAUCGUCGACCACGACGUCGACCACGACGAGGCCGUCAUCUUGGCGCUCGGCUACAAGCAGGAGUUCAAAAGAGAGUUCUCGCUCUUCACCACCUUCGGGGUGUCCUUCUCGGUGUUGGGGCUUCUCCCCUCCAUCGCGUCGACCUUGUGGUACUCGCUUGCGUACGCAGGGAACGCAGGCAUCACCUGGGGGUACCUGAUCGGCAUGGUCGGAGUCAUGGGUGUCGCCUGCUCCAUGGCAGAGAUCUCGUCCGCCUUCCCCACGUCCGGCGGACUCUACUACGCCACCGCGAUGAUGGCGCCCCCACGCUACCGGGCCAUCCUGUCGUGGAUCGUCGGCUGGUCCAACUACUUUGUCCAGGUGACGGGCGCCCCCUCCGUGGCCUACGGAGGCGCCGCCAUGAUUCUCGCCCUCAAGCAGGUAGUCGACGACACCUACGUCUACCACACAUGGCACUGCUACUUGCUGACGGUCGGCUUGACGUUUUUCGCCGCGAUCAUCGCCUCGGCCCCUACCAAGUGGAUCGCCUGGAUCAACUCCUGCUCCACCAUCCUCAACUUGAUCUUCCUCUUCGUCUCCUGGAUCGUCAUCUUGGGCGGCAACAGCAGACAAGACCAGGGCCUACCAAAGUUCAACUCCAACAAGAUCGCAUGGGGGCUUGACAACUUGACCGACUGGCCCGACGGAAUCUGCAUCCUCAUGUCCUUCAUGGCCGUCAUUUGGACCAUGUCCGGGUUCGACUCCCCCUUCCACUUGGCCGAGGAGUGCUCUAACGCACAGGUCGCCACCCCUAGGGCCAUUGUCCUCACCGCCAGUGUCGGUGGUAUCUUGGGCUUCGUCUUCCAGCUCGCCAUGGCCUACACCAUCGUCGACGUCGACGCCGCUGUCACCGACUCCUUGAGCCAGCCUUACAUCUCCUUCUUGAUCCAAGUUCUUGACAGACCUUCGGCUCUUUGCCUUGCCUCCUUUGCCAUCAUCCUUGCCUUCACCAUGACCUUCUCCUGCAUGAUUGCCGCGUCAAGAGUCUUGUUCUCCUACUCCCGUGACAACUGUUUCCCACUGUCCCGCUACUGGGCCACCGUCAACAAGACCACCCUCACCCCUGUCAAUGCCGUCUGGAUGAACUGGUUCAUCGGCUGCUUGCUCUGCUUGUUGAUGUUUGGUGGCGUCGCCAUUGACGCCAUCUUUUCCGUCGGUGCUAUCGGAUCCUUCAUCUCUUUCACAAUCCCAACCCUCUUAAGAAUCACCUACGCACGUAGUUUCUUCAAACCAGGACCUUGGAACUUGGGCAAAUUCACUUAUCUUUCCGGUUCCUUGGCCGUCUCCUUCACAACACUCAUGAUUCCAGUCCUUUGCUUCCCUCAAUACAGAGGCGCAAACAACUCUCCAUCUUCCAUGAACUGGACCGUCUUGGUCUACUGGGGCUCCUUGUUCCUCGCUAUUGCAUGGUACUACAUCUACGCACACAAGAUAUACAGCGGUCCAAGGAGUAACUUGGACAAAGGAUCCGUCAUCAAAGAUGGCGAAGAAGACGACGUCAUCCAGACAAUCGUCAGCAAGGGCGGCAAAAUCAAAUACGGAGCCAGCGAAGUCACUGACGAGGACCAAGUCCCUAUUGAAAAGGCCUAA